GAGGCAGGGCCAAAAGACAAGAGAGAAGAGACGAGAGCAAAGUUUAAACGGAGAGACACUAAUGAAUGAGUCUGUGAGUUCAAAACAAAGAGGAAACCAUGCUGGAGGAAGGAAAGGAGAAACGGGCCAUCGAGGCCGAGGAGGACGAGGAUGAUGGGACGUUCACUAACAUCUCUCUGGCAGACGACACAGUCGACAGUGGAUCUGCAGCCCUGUAUACUAAACAGGAGAACGAGCUUUUCAUCAUGAACUGCGAUAUAGAUGGAGACAUGGAGAACCAGGUGGAGAUGGAGGAGAAGACGAGGUUAAUAAAUCAAGUUUUGGAACUUCAGCAUACGCUGGAAGACCUGUCAGCACGUGUCGACGCAGUCAAGGAGGAGAACCUGAAGCUGAAGUCUGAGAACCAAGUCCUUGGUCAGUACAUCGAGAACCUCAUGUCCGCCUCCAGCGUCUUCCAGACCACCGACACCAAGAGCAAACGGAAGUGAGGUACCCUUAGAAAAAAGAACCCAAAGUCCCAGGCCAGCAGCUGGGAGAGGAAACCCACCAUUGAGACGUGGAGAGGGGGUUGUUUUCUCAGCAGACCCUGGCGUUUUCUGUAACCGUUCACUUACUUACCAGAGUCAAAACUAACGAUUAAUAAUCAUAAACCGACUUUGUCACCUGUCCUGCUGACUCAGAAAUAGAUCAACUAAAUGUUAGACUACAUCCACACUAAUACGUUUUAAAACACAUAACUUUUGCUACGUUUAUGCCUAGCAUCCACACUACUCCGGCGUUUUCGAACCCCUAAAACAGGGACGUUUGAAAACGCUGCAGAAGCUGUUUUAGUUUGAACACUCCGGGGUUGCGUUUUAGUCUUGAAAAGUCUUUGAAAAUGAUGACGCAGACACCCACGUUCGCUUCUUGAUUGGGUCUUAUCAGUCACGACAUGUCCUUCCCUGAUUCGUUACGCCCCAUCACGUGAACCUUUUCCGGAAGAAAACAAACAUCAGCUUCCACCACCAGUGGUUCAUUUCAACAUUGAAGACGAGAUACAAGCGUUGCUGAUCUUGUUGUCUAUGCUAGCAGCUAAAAAAUCCGGCAUUUUAUAAUGCUACUACUGCCUACAUGUGCAGGAGGCAAGCUAUUAUUCGAGCGCUUUGUGAAAAUUCCCGUAUCUAGCACCGCUUCUGGUUUAGACCGGCAUGGCGCAUGCCCAGUGUAUGCGUUUUCAGGCGUGGUAGUAUGGACGGAGAUUAAUUCUGAAACGGCCCUAAAAUGCUCGUCUGGAUGGAGAUUGUUUUCAUUUUACAACUGCGUUUAAUAACAAAACGGUAUUAGCGUGGAUGCUGCCUUAGUCUGACCCAGGUCUAUUGUGCAGCAGCUUCCUCUCCACACUACAGACGAGGUAGACCUCACCCUUUAAUCACAAACAUAAAAAUGGAACCAGACUAUGUAUAAGAAGUGGUUAAGGGUCAUUUGUAACUUGAGUUUCUUCUUUAUGCUCUCUUUCAAAGUCGUAUCUGUAAAGUCAUUCUUGGCUCCGCUUUACCUGCUUGGUCUUCUGUUUGAGGACAAUUCUGAUUGUCUGUUGUUCCCCCAACUUUCUCACAGUGUUCCUGUCUCAAACUGACCUGUGAGUGGGUGAAAAUAAACCACAAAUAUUACAAAUACUGCUUUACUAUGAAGCUCAUUUCAACACUGGUUUAUUAUUUCUUUUUGUAAAGUAUUUUCUACGUCAGCUGGAUCUGAGUUUUUCGGUAGGCCUUGGAUGUCAUUAUGUCUAUAAGAAGCAUGACUGUAUUCCUCCAAUUUAAAAGCUGGCAAACUGAACAGUAUUACUGAGAAUGAACAAUGUAUUUGGAUCGCAUGUAUGAGUUCUUUUAGUUUGAAAGUUUAGUAUAUCUAAUGAAAUGUCAUUAAAUCAAUAACCGCUAAAUUACAUUGUAUAAAGCUACUGAGGACUUUUUAACAAUAGGUGGAUACAUAAAGGUACCAUUGAGAGCUCAACAAAAAUGCAAGUAAAAGCACAGAGAAACUAGAAGUUGUGUAAACUCUAUAAAAGUGUAGGUCUUAACUAACAUCAGUGAUGUUUUUAUUGCAAUUUUUAAAUCACAAUGAUGCCAGAUUUUUGUUCUGUACUUGAAAGUAUUUGUAACCUUUUCAGUUUAUCAUGUCAUUAAGGCGUGUUGUGGCCCAGACUGUAAUGUAAACCCUACAUUCUUACACUUUGUGUCCUUUCUUAUCCUGUAACGUCCACGGGGGGAGGGGGAGAGGAACGGGGAGGGGAAGAGAGGGGGUGAACAGGCCAGAUAGAUGAGACGGGGAGAUGAGGAGGGAAGAGAGGGAUGCUUUAUCCUUUAACUGCAAGCAGUAAAGAGGCCGUGAGUGCUAUUGAUCCACUCAGCCAGGCCUGGAAUACAUCACCUGCUAGAGGAGGGGUUGGACUGGAAAAUGCGCUGAUGUCCUCAGUGUACAGCAGAGUGGAGGGUGUGUCCUCCAAGACUACUGCUGUCUCAGAUUAAAAAAAAGACAAAAAGGAAUGAGGGUGGAAGGAGAUGAAAAGUCAUGUAAUCUGAACAAAUUUAUAUUCUCUUUCGAUAAUAUCUGGAAAGCAUUAAUUCAUGUGUAAACAUCAAGUGAUUGUGGUGCUGAUUGAAAGGGGAGGAAUUGCUAAUUUCACGGAAGGCUAUGAACACUGUAUAUGCUGUAAUUUAUUAAGGUUAUUUUGAUAUUUUUAACAGUUGUACAGUCAUUAAUUUCUGUCUGGCAUGCUGAAUAUGCCCAACCUACACACACCCUGGUACCGACUGUCUUGUGUGUAGACACCCCGCACCUUUGCCUUUAAACCGUUUUUGUUUUAAUAAAAACCUAAGAUCA